AUGUCUACAGUAUCGAUCCCCAAACAACAAAAGGCCGCAGUCAAAGUUGGGGAGGGAGCUGAUGCCAAAGCCCCCGUCAAGGAGGUCGACGUGCCAACGCCGGCUCCAGGAGAAAUCCUGGUCAAGAUCAACUGGCAGUCCUUGAUCAAGGAUGAAUGGGCCUCGUUUGGCUUGUCGAUGCAGCCUGCCACGCACGGUAUUGCCGGCCACGAAGGGGCUGGGGUUGUCGUCGCAGUCGGGGACGACAUGCAUCAUCGGUGGAAGGUAGGAGAUCGUGCCGGUAUCAAGUGGGUUUGGAGUACUUGCGGCGAGUGCGAGUUCUGUACGAACGGCGUCGAUGAGCUCCAUUGUCCGAACCAGAAGAACGCGGGGUUCAGCCAAGCUGGGACAUUCCAACAAUAUGCUCUCAGCGACGGACGAUAUACCACUCGCAUUCCAGAAGGCGUCUCCGACGAGGAGGCCGGGCCUAUCAUGUGUGGAGGAGUCACUGCAUACACAGCUUGCAAGCGAAGCGCCGUGAAGCCCGGGCAGUGGAUUGUACUUCCAGGAGCGGGUGGCGGUCUUGGCCAUUUCGCAGUACAAUAUGCAAAAGCCAUGGGCAUGAGGAUCAUCGCCAUCGAUGGCGGGGACGAGAAACGGGAUCUUUGCAAACGACUCGGUGCCGAAGAGUUUAUUGACUUUACCAAGACCCAGGAUAUUGCGGCUGAGGUCAUGCGGAUCACCAAGUAUGGAGCCCACGGCGUCAUCGUCACGGCGGCCACAAAGGAGGCCUACGCUUCUGCACCUGGAUUCCUCCGUCCAGGCGGGACAGUAGUUGCUGUUGGUCUGCCCAAGGAUCCAACAGUCAUCGCGGGGGCACCUCCUCUUAUGAUGUGCCUAAAGAAAUUGAACGUUGUGGGCAGCGUCGUCGGUACAUUGAAGGAUGUCGAAGAAGCACUUGACUUCACCGCUCGGGGUUUGGUACAUCCGAUUCUGACCAAGGGAACCCUCGAGGAUCUAGACAAGUACAUCGACCUCAUGGUCGCCGGAAAGCUUGCAGGCAGGGCGGUGCUCAAGGUGUCGUAA